AACAGUUCCCACCUUAUUUUUUAUAUUACUGCAUUGCUCGGGAAGCUAAAUUGCCUUUCUACACGACAUAUACAUGGCGUCGCUAGAGGAUUCGUUCGAGUUCACGCAGCCCACGCAGCCCCUGGAGGAGACAAGCCAGCCGACACAGGACGACACGCCCCUGAUUGCUGCGCACAAGAAGCCCGUCGGCAAAGUGGUUUAUAAGAAGAACGAAGCCAUCACAGACCACGACCUGUACCUCGACACGCCAAUCAUCAUCGGGCGGCACCGGUCGAGCAAUAUCCAAGUCUCAAGCAGCGUGUCCUCAAACAAGCACUGCAAGCUCUUGGUGACAUUCGACAAGGCAGCCAACGACUACCUGGUGAUCUGCGAGGACCUGAGCUCAAACGGCACGUUUUGGAAUGGCAAGAAGAUUGGCAAGAACAAGUCAGUGAUCCUGACCCACGGCGACGUGCUCGAGAUCAAAAAGGGCUACUACUACACAUACCUACAGCUGGUGCACAAGCACGACACGUCGCAGCGCGACUCGCACAUCGACAGCAAGUACCAGAUCACCGACAAGGUCCUGGGCAAGGGCACAUUUGCCGAGAUUCGCCAGGUUCUGCGCAAGGACACGCAGGAGCAGAUUGCCGUCAAGAUCAUGGAGAAACGCAACUUCAGCCUGCGCGGCACCGCCGAGGGCGGCACAAACUACAUCCAUGAGAUCAACCUGUUGCGCGGCAUCAAGCACCCGAACAUCGUGCGCGUCUUCGAUGUUGCUGAGACUCCCAAGCACAUCUACAUCUUCAUGCCGCUGCUGCGUGGCGGCGACCUGUUCGACUACAUCAUUGAUCACGAGCGCCUCGACGAGGCCGAGGCAAAGUACAUUGUCUUCCAGAUCCUGCUCGCCCUAAAGUACCUGCACGACGCCAACAUUGCCCACCGCGACCUCAAGCCCGAGAACACCCUGCUUGUCUCCAAGAAGCCCUACAGCCAGAUCAUGCUGACUGACUUUGGCAUGGCCAAGGCCACCGGCCAGAACGACCUGAUGAAGACCAUGUGCGGCACCCUGCAGUACAUUGCGCCCGAGAUGCUCUCGCCCGGCGUCCAGCCCGGCCAGGCGCUCAAGGUCGGCUACAGCAAGGCCGUCGACUGCUGGAGCCUCGGCGUCAUGACCUACGUCAUGGUCUCCGGCAUGCUGCCCUUCAGCGACGACGAAAGCAACCCGUCCAUGCUGUUCCAGCAGAUCCUGUCUGGCCACAUUGAUUUCUCCGUCAGCUGCUGGCAGUCCAUCAGCCUCGAGUGCCAGUCGUUCAUCUACGGCCUGAUGCGCCAGAAGCCCGACGAGCGCAUGUCGGUUGAAAAGGCCUUGCGGCACCCGUGGAUCGCAAAGGACAUGCCGCGGCUGGCUAAAAUCUACGCCGAGGCUAACAAGCCCAAUGAGGCUCCGGUCUCUGUUGUUAACACUCCUGCCCAAUCACCGGCCCGCCCGAAGAAACAUGCCAGGCCCCGGGACGACGAUGCAAGCGCCAUGGGGCCGCCGGUGCCCUCGAAGAGAGCGCGCUACCAGGGCGGGCAUAUGGAUGACGCCUAAGGUUUCUGGCUCUAAAAAUACACCCACGGUAUCAAUGCAAUCCAUCUCUUUCCCUGCUGUUUUUCCUGCUUGGGCUCACACGGCAAUGGGAAGAACCGAAGAAAUCUAGGAAAGCGGGGGCGGAUUGACGCCUAUUUUUAACGCUCUGGCGCUCUGAUUUUUCUUAGUGGGCUGCUUUUGGCGGUUCUCCUCAUC